AUGGAGGUCGAAACCAUAGCCAAAGACGAAGAGGUGGUUGGACUCCUCAGCUACCAUUCAGAUGACGACCAUGACAACAGUCUUACUGAAAAAACUCACCAGAUAUCUUUAAUUAUUCAAGUCCUUCUCUCCACCUGGGCAGUAAUUUCUAUACUCGUUCCCUCCUUUCUGCUUCCAGGAACACCAAAAUCGAAGAUACAUAAAACAUCUUACCUCGAUGGUCUUCGAGGUGUCGCAUCAGCAAUCGUAUAUUUUCAUCACUUCUCGAUUGAUUGCUACCCUUGGACCCAGUAUCCUUAUGGCUCAUCACCCUCAGAUUAUCACAUUAUACAGUUACCUUAUUUCAAUUUCAUCAUACAAGCGAGGUCUAUGGUGUGCAUCUUUUUCGUCAUUUCGGGCUUCGUUCUCACUAAGAAGGGGUUCACUUUAAUGCGAAAUGGAGAAGAUGGACUUCUGUUCGGGUCCCUCUCAUCUUCUGUCUUUCGCCGUGGGAUGCGAUUAUAUAUACCGACUAUCAUAUCCACUUUCGCAUCGAUGCUUAUGACGAGGCAACAUUGGUAUUUUGAGCACCAUUGGACCCCGAAGCUAUUCCCAACCUUUUGGCAGCAGUUUGACGAUUGGCUGUUUCAAACGAAGGUCAUGACCUGCCCUUUUCAAUAUGUUGAUGGUAAUGAUGUUUUCAUGCCUGAGUAUGACUCGCAUCUCUGGACGAUCCCGGUCGAGUUCCAUGGAUCAAUGAUAGUGUUUAUGUCGAUGAUAGCUGCAGGAAAGAUGCCGUACGGAUCACGAAUUGCAGCAUUUGCAGGUUUUACCUGCUACUCAUUGUGGGUUGGAUUUUGGACGGUAUUCCUCUUUCUGAUGGGGGCCACACUGGCAGCGAUCCAUGUCUGGCAAACAAGUUCGAAGAAUACUCCAAGCCACAAUUUGGUGAGAUUUCCUAGCCCGACGCAGGAGGAUGCACCAGUACUUAAUCAGAAUGGACGACACGUCGGAAAUAUCAGAUCUGCUCUCUCUUUUUACUGGUCGAAGUUCGCUGAACACCACAUUGAAAGCGUCAAGUCGACUCUCUCUGCACACUCCUCACGAAUCACAUCUGUUACCUCAUCAUACUCCGAAAGAUACUUUCAGAUGAUACCGAAGAGAUUGUUGAGAUUAAUUGCCUUCAUUAACAUUAAAGGCAUUAUGGUGACAAUGGGAGCUUUAAUAGGGAUGUAUAUUAUCUGCUUUCCAAUGGCUAGACAACUAGACCAUCCCUGGGGUUACUCCACAAUCAUGUCAUAUACACCAGCGAACUUUUCACGACCAGAUAUACCAGAGAGAUUUUGGAGGUCAAUAGGCGCCGCCAUUUUCGUCGCAACCAUGACACAAAGUCCGAUACUUCAAGCACCUUUUACUACUUCAUUCGCACAAUAUCUUGGCAAGAUAUCCUACUCGCUUUACCUCAUUCAUGGACCACUCUUGUUUACUUUAGGGACUAAGAUGUGGAUGCAGGCGAGAGAGUUCGAGAAUUGGGGGUCGGAAGACCAGAAACCCAUUGAUACCCAUCGAACGACUAUGUAUCAUGUCCGGUUCUGGUACACAUUUUUAGUCCUGUCAUUUAUCCUCGUUUGGGCCUCGGAUGUGUUUUGGAGACUAGUCGACGUCAAAAGUGUGCAAUUCGCAUCAUGGCUAGAGAAGCAAUGCCGGAAGAAGGAAUAGUGAGGGUAAUUAUACAAGAGCAUUGAUUUGCAAUAGCGAUGAGCUGGUGAAUCUUGAAGUACCAAAAGUUUCAGCGGCGUGUGGUCUAAGAUGGCAUCGGAGUUUUGACUUUACAUUAAUUUUCAAAGAUCUUUCGUUUUCCAGACUUCGCAU